UCGACCCUCUCCCCUCCUUCCCCUCUCCCCACCACCACUAUCACCUAUAGAGGAAAGUUGUUGUGGAGAAUAUGAGCGCUGACGAGGCUAAAUACAAAAAGACCGGCAUGAACAUCCGCACCGGUGGGCUGGAGGCCUCGGCGAGCGAGGAGAAGAAGCCGAGCUCGGAAGGUGGAGGCGUGGCAAGCGAAGCGCAGAGGAGCGACGCACCGCUGUUUCGCCCAUCGACGACGCCGCUCGAGUCGCCGGCGUCGUACUUUCGCAUCUUGCGGAAUCCCAAGCCGCCGGCCAACAUGGAGUCGCUGCUGCUCGAGCCGUUCUGCUACAUCGCCGACGUGCCGGGCAAGGGCGUGCGGUCGAUGCUGAUCAAGGCGUUCAACCACUGGCUGGAAGUGCCAGACGAGCAGGUCCGCAAGAUAUCCGAGGUUGUGGAGAUGCUGCACAACGCGUCGCUGCUCAUCGACGACGUGCAGGAUGGGUCCGAGCUCCGCCGUGGAGUCCCGUGUGCCCACAAGGUCUACGGCGUGGCGCAGGUGAUCAACUCGGCCAACUACGUGUACAUGCUCGCGAUGGAGAAGGUGGCGGCGCUCGGCCACCCCGACGCGCUCUCGGUCUGUCUCGAAGAGAUGCUGCAGCUGCACCGUGGACAGGGCCUCGAGCUGGUUUGGCGUGACAACGUCGAGUGCCCGACCGAGGAAGAGUACCAGCGGGCGGUGCUGGACAAGACCGGCGGGCUGACCCGCCUCUCGUCCAAGCUCCUCACCCUCUUUGCGCAAAAGGACGAGGUGGUCGAUCUUGUCCCGCUCGCCAACCUCAUCGCGCUCCACUACCAGAUUCGCGAUGACGUGCUCAACCUGACCGACAAGCGCAUGCAGGGUCUCAAGGGCUUCUGCGACGACCUGACCGAGGGCAAGUUCUCGUUCCCGGUCAUCCACGCCAUCCGUGCUCGGCCCAACGACUCACGGCUGAUCAACAUUAUCCGCCAGCGGACGACCGACCCCGAGGUCAAGCGCUACGCCGUCCGCUACAUGCACUCUGUCGGCUCGUUUGUCUACGCCGAAAAGGUACUCAACAAGAUCCGAGACUCGAUCCUCGACACUAUUGCCGAGUACGGCGGCAACGAGCUCCUCACCACCAUCGUCGUCGACCACCUCUGCAAGCCGCUCGAUCUCUCCGUCGACGACGACUCUACUCACGACGCCCACGCCUCGUCUGCCCCGUCGAUGUUGUAA